UCGACUGCUCCUUCCUCCCACCAUGGCCAUCAUCAAUUGGGGGCAGGCAGUACGACCAGGAGUUGCUGUUGCUGACAAAACCAUCCAACUACUGCUCAACUCUACUUGCGUGCGUGGCAAUGGCGGCAGGCAGGACUUCUCAGGAGAGGGGAGCCUGAGAGCCGUCAGACGGCACGAGGGAGAAAGCAGCAAGAACCUUUGGCCUUGGCCUUCCCUUCCCAUUGCAAAGCAGCACCUGGACUCUCCUCUGCCAGCCUCGAUGCUGCAUCCGUGGUGCCUCCUCCUCCUCCUCCUCCUCCUCUGCCUGCCGCUCGCCACCGCCGCCUCCUCCGACGCCGCGCUCCUCCUCGCCAAGGUCAGGCCCGCGCUUCAGGGCCACGGCCGGAGCCCCAACGCCCAGCUCGCCACCUGGAACGCCUCCACCCCGCUCUGCCUCUGGCGCGGCCUCCGCUGGGGCUGGUCCGACGCCCGCCCGAUCCGCUGCGACACCGCCGCCGCGCGCGCCAACCUCUCCCUCGCCCACGACCCCUCCCUCCUCCUCGUCUCCAUCCACCUCCCCGCCGCCGCCCUCGCCGGCACCCUCCCGCCCGACCUCGGAGCCUUCUCUGCCCUCGCCUCCAUCUACCUCGCCGCCAACCAGCUCACGGGUCCCGUACCGCUCGACCUCGGCAACGCGCCCGCGCUCUCCGCGCUCGACCUCUCCGCCAACCGCCUCUCCGGCCCCCUCCCCACCUCCAUAUGGAACCUCUGCGACCGCCUCGCCGACCUCCGCCUCCACGGGAACGCUCUCGCGGGCACCGUCCCCGCGCCAGCCGGCCCCAACACAACCUGCGACGGCCUCCGCGUCCUCGACCUCGGUGCCAACCGCUUCUCCGGCGGAUUCCCCUCCUUCCUCACCGCCUUCCGGGGGCUCCGGCGCCUCGACCUCGCCGCCAACCGUUUCCAGGGGCCCAUCCCGGAUGCCCUCGCCGGGAUGGACCACCUCCAGGACCUCGACCUCUCCUGCAACAACUUCUCCGGCCAGCUGCCCCCGACCUCCCCCCGAUUCGCGGAGGCCGCCUUCCUGGGCAACCACCCUUCGCUGUGCGGCCCGCCGCUGCGCAACCAGUGCGUGUCCUCCUCCGGCCUCAGCUCCCGCGGCGUCGCUGCCAUGGUCAUUGGCCUCAUGGCCGCCGCCGUCGUCCUCGCCUCCGUCUCCAUCGGCUGGGCCCAGGGGAGGUGGAGGCGGCGGCGGGAUAAUGCCGACGCCGACGCGCAAGGAGGGGAUGACUCUGAGGCCGCCGCCGCCGCCGAUGGCCAAGAGGGCAGCAGGCUGCUGGUAUUCGAGGGCGGCGAGCACCUCACGCUGGAGGAGGUGCUCAACGCCACCGGCCAGGUGGUCGACAAGGCCGCCUACUGCACCGUGUACAAGGCCAAGCUCGCCAGCGGCGGCGGCAGCGUCGAGCUGCGCCUGCUCCGGGAGGGCUGCUGCAAGGACACCGCCUCCUGCGCGGCCGUCGCGCGCCGCAUCGCCCGCGCGCGGCACCACAACCUCGUGCCGCUCAGGGCCUUCUACCACGGCCGGCGCGGCGAGAAGCUGCUGGUCUACGACUACUUCCCGCGCACCCGCACGCUGCACGGCCUCCUGCACGAGCAGCACGACGGAGGCGAGGGCCGCCCGCCGCUCACGUGGCCGCGGCGCCACAAGGUCGCGCUGGGCGCCGCGCGCGCGCUGGCGUACCUGCACGCCGGCCAGGGCGAGGCGCACGGCAACGUGCGGUCGUCGAACGUGCUCGUGGACGACCUCUUCGUGGCGCGGCUGGCGGAGCACGCGGUGGACCGGCUGCUGGUGCCGGCGGCGGCGGAGGCGGUGCCGGCGGCGGCCAAGGCGGACGGCUACAAGGCGCCGGAGCUGCACUCCAUGAGGAGGUGCAGCGCGCGCACGGACGUGUUCGCCUUCGGGAUCCUGCUGCUGGAGCUGCUCAUGGGAAGGAAGCCGGCGGCGGACCUGCCGGCGGCGGUGAAGGUGGCGGUGCUGGAGGAGACGGCGCUGGAGGAGGUGCUGGACGCGGAGGUGGUGAAGGGGCUGCGCAUGAGCCCCGCGGAGGAGGGGCUGCUGCAUGCGCUGAAGCUAGCGAUGGGCUGCUGCGCGCCGGUGGCGGCGGCGAGGCCGACCAUGGCGGAGGUGGUGCGGCAGCUGGAGGAGAGCCGGCCCAGCAGGACCCUGGGGCCGCGGUCGGCGCUGUACAGCCCGGCGGAGAGCAGGAGCGACGCCGGCACGCCCAACACCGCCGCCUAGCAAGCUUCAUCUUUCUCAUCAGAGCGAGCUUGGGAGCGAUGAAACUGUACUCGUACUGGCUAUAAGCUAGGAGUAUGUAUGUAACUCCCUCUGGAUGUACGGUAUCAUGUAUAAUUUGGAUGAAUUGAACUAAACGAAGAUAAAAGUUUAUUAAUUAGUUUGCUUUAUUA